AUGGGCAAAUUUAGGCAGUAUCAAGUCACUUUGGCAUGUUCCUUAGGAAACUUUGCAACAGGCAUCCUCUUCGUAUGGCCUUCAUAUACUCUCCAGUUAUAUACUUCGACAAAUACCACGCUGCUAUCCGAACCGUUAUCUGACUUACAGAGCUCUCUGCUCGGGAGUUUGCCCAGUUUAGGAGCUAUGGUUAGCACAAUGUUUGCUGGGGUGAUGCUCAAUACACUUGGGAGACAGAAAGCGGGGCUGUGUUGUGCUAUUCCAUUUUUGCUUUCCUGGCUUCUAAUCGAUCUCAGUUCAUCGGCGAUUCUUCUCCUCUUGGGCAGAUUCCUUGGAGGUAUAGCAUGUGGCAUCUGCUUCGUGCAAGGACCCGUUUUCAUUUCCGAAAUCGCCGAUCAAUCUAUACGAGGGAUGCUAGCUACAGCACCUACCGCGUUCUACUGUGUUGGUGUUCUGGUCUCAUUUAUAAUGGGCUGGACACUCACAUUUAAGUAUAUCAUUUGGACGAACAUAUUUUUCUGUGUGCUCUACGCUGCCUUGAUGAUAUCCGUCAAGGAAAGUCCGGUGUUUUUAUUGAUGAAGAAUAACGAAGAGGAUGCAAGACAGUCUAUUGCAUACUAUAAAGGAUUUUCAGUAGAUUCGAAACCUGUUUUAGAAGAGCUCUCAAGGUUAAAACAACAAAUGACGCCUUCAGUUGAACUGAAGUCUAUAUCAACAGAUGGUAAGCUGGAUGAAGCUGAGAAAGAAAAACUAAAUCCCGAUUAUGACGACGUUAUAAAUGACAUGGAAAAAAUGCCAGCAUAUAAAAUGCUAAUGUUCUCACCUACAUCAAGACGUGCAUUCACAAUAGUUGCAAUAACUAUUUCACUACAGGUGUUGAUGGGUAUGGUACCAGUCCAGGUGUACGCCAAAGUAAUCUUCCUGCAAGCAGCUCCAAGUCUCUCUUCCCACAUGUGCUCAGUUUUGUUUGCUCUUGUUCUUAUGUUUGGUUGCAUGUCCUGUGCGGUUUUCUCUGACAAAUUUGGAAGAAAGCCUCUCAUUAUCGGUUCUUCCAUUGGUGUGACACUGUGUCUCCUAGGAAUGGGAAUACUGAUGCAGACCAAUAUAGCUCCAGCCUGGAUCACUGCAGUUCUCAUAUUGGUCUUCUGUUUCUCAUUUAUGUUUGGAGCAGGCAGCGUGCCUUAUGUUCUCUUGGCUGAAUUGUUCGUUUCUGAGGUACAAAGCCUUGCAUCAAUGCUGCUGCUAGAACUAGUGUGGCUUCUCAACUUCUGUCUCGUAGGAGUCUUUCCAUUCAUGCUGAAGCUGUUCGGAAUCUACGGAUCAUUUUACAUCUUCGCGGUAUUUGGAACCCUAAAUAUUCUUGCUGGUAUCUUCCUUGUUCCGGAAACCAAGGGUUUGUCAAAGGAACAGAUUCAGGAAUGUCUGCAGGGAAGAAGUAAGACGUAG